GAAGGAAUCAAUGCAACCAGAAUUUUUUUAGAAGAUGCAAAAAAACUACCGCCAGGAGGAAAUGACAGAAAUAUACUGGUAGCCACUCACGAACUCGAAUCAUUUGCAAUAAAAUACGGCAAAAUUCAUCUCACAGCGAAGGAAAGCGCAUUUAUUGUGCAAGAAUUGUUUGGUGAGUUUUGUGCUCUGUUUGAUGAGUCAGUUUUAUUUUAUUUUUUUUCUUUUUUACAGUGUAGUCAAGUGGUGCGUAUGGCCGUAAUUAAUAAAAGCAUAUUAACCGGUUAGCUAUUUUUGGAGUGGCCAAUACUAGGAGCUAGGUUGGGGGUAGGGGAGGGGAGGCUGAGUGAUCACACCUGGAAUUAACUAGGCCAUUUAAAGAGAAAUCUAUGCAAACAAAUUUUUUUUGGAGAAAACUAUCCCAGGUACUGAUUUUUUUUUCUAUACGAACAGACAUACGACAGACAGAUUUUUUCUACCUGAAAUUUUCUAAAACCAGCCAUUACAAGUUGGGCUAUACAAAAACUAAUUACCUCUCAUUAUUUGAAUUAAUAUAAGAAAUGGCGAACCUGCAAGUGAAAGGGCUGUACCGGCGGGUGUACGUUACGUCUUAAUGGGCCAACCAUUUGACUUUUGAGUGGGGGAGGGUAUGGCUGAUUUCAGGAAAAAUAUAUCAUGCAAACUGAUUUCGAGGAAAAAAUAAUUCUUGCAAGGAAAUACCUGGCGGAAAAAGUUUCUGCAUUGAAGAGAAAUAUUUUUCAUUGCUUAUAGUGCUGGAAAAAAAAAAUCUUACAUCGUCAAGUUGUCAAUGUCAGGAAAAAAAAUUAUAUCAUCAGAGGUUUGGGGAAGAAGAUUCUUAACCAAACCAAAUCACCCAUCAAAAGUCACUACAAUUGUAUGACAUCAUACGAAUAUUGUAAUAACUGACAUAUUUCAUUGGUAAAACUUUCCAGUCAGACAGUUAUUGGUUAUAGGUUUUGUAGUAAUGAAGAUUCAGAGGGUUUUGGAAAACAAUACGAAACCGAUUACUUGCUCUAAAAGAAAUGGAACAGAGAGCAUUGUGAUUCCUUCGGAAAACUUCAAAGUACAAGGUAAAAGCAGUGUCACUAGCACCUUAAUUAUGAGAUAAUUAUGAGUACUUGCACUGUGGCGACCAAUAAUAUAUUUUUAAAAGUCGUACCAGUUUUUCAAACAUUGCAUAAAUGCACUUUGGCACCGGCAAGAUUGUUUGGAAUUAGUUAAGAUUGAGUUAAGAAUUCAAAUACAGUCGAACCGCUGGGUACGGACACCUCUAUAUUAAGGACAGUUUCCAAUGUCCCGACAAAAUUCUCAUACAUUUUCUUAAAAAAAAAAACCUCUACAAUGCGGACUCUCUAUAAUACGGACAACGGACACUAAAUCUCGGCCCCAGAGAGUCAAUUCAUAUAACUUAACCCCUUUAUUACGGACACUGCGGUGAUCAGGUGAAUCCCGAAUCCAGAUCAGCUGAAUCUGCACAGGGUGAAUCCCGUCUGGCUGAUGAGCCAUGCAAGGGGACUUCAAAAGCCCGUCGCUGUUAGUAUAUCAAACGACAAUUUGCAAAAGGUGUGCAGAGGAACAUAACCGACUUUUUCAAGGUUUGAAUAACUACAGAUAGCAUAAAGAUCUUUUCUAUUACAUUUUGUACUCUAGUUGCUGUUUACUGCACUUGCAAAAUAGCGAAAGACACUUUCAGAAUUGUGUUUUAAUUUACGUUACAACUUUUUACAUGCACCAUUGCGCUGUAGCUUGUUUCGUUUUAAAACAGUGAUAUGUACAAUGUUGUAUGCUAUUGAAAGACAGUGUCUUUGUACUGUGAUUUAAUAAACUUAAAUGUAGUUUAAAGGCGAGUGUAAGCCUAGUCUUAGCUACUGAACACUUAAAACUGUAAGUGGAGUCAUGAAUGUGACGUCAUCGUAGUGACCUCUCUAAUACGGACACUUCGGUCUGUUCCUUCAAUGUCCGCACUAGAGAGGUUCGACUGUAGCCUAUAUUACGCUAACUCAAGAAAGGGGAAAUAAAAGGUCAGAGACCUUAAUGUUAAAUUCGGUAUCGGCUAAGCAUUUAACGUUUUGCCUAAUCACUUUAAUUUUAUCUCAGACACUGUCACCGUAUGCAUGCUCUACCAUGGUGAGGUCAGGAAGUGGAUACCCGGUGGAGAAAGAGUUGGAUUAAACGGGUUAGGCAUAUAGGCCUUUUAAUCUCUUACAUAUAAAACAUAGUAGUAAUAACCAAAGUUGAAAGGAGUGCGGGCGACAACCAUCGAAGGUCAAAACGAUUUUGCUCAAACGCUGUGACGUGUCACGUGACAGAUGGUCAAAACACGCGUUCUACGCAUUCUAUUUACUCUUAGUGGAAGUCCAAACAAAUGCUGGCUACAUACAUGCGACGCAUGCGUAAUAACAACCUGGAGAUUAGGAUUGCGGACUUCUCUUGUCUUCCGCAAUUAAUUCUUCGCCUCGCGUAACGAAGGUUUAUAAUCUUGUCUACAUUUGCAUAGCGCGUGGAACGUGCGUGGAUCUCACAGCAAGACAAAAAUACGAGUCGGCUUUGUAUAUACAGCUUUUUCGAGAAAGGUUGUCGGAAAAAGUGCACGCGACAAGCCCGAAAGGUAUUGUGGGCGCUUUUACGAUUCACUGUUUUUCAAAGAAAUUUGAAAGAAUGGCACGAGAGGCCAUGGGAGUAUAGUUGUGAGUGGUAAAGGAAAGCAAGAAAAGUAGGUUUGACAUCGACUGUGCCAGGAAAAGUGUAUUGAUCAUAUCCCAUAGUACCUAUCGGGAUUGCCACGUGCACAUUUUUUCCUAACAAGCUUUCUCGAAAGAGCUGUAUAUCAGGUUUCCGGGUCAGUAGUCGCAGUGACUUCGAGCAUUGUGACGUCAAGGUACAUUUUCAGGUUUCCAAACAACACGAUUUCCACUAGCUGCACUAUCAUGUUUUAUUCAUAAAAGGCUAACGUGUCUAUUCAUCCUUUGUGAAAAAUUAUUUACUUUGUUUAUUCAAUUCUCCUCAUGCGUUUGACAGGGAACUGCAAACUGUACAACGACCGUCAGCAAGGGACUUCGCGACGGUUUGGGAGACACCUAGCGCCUUAGUCGGCCAUUAUUCUCCAAAUGAAAUGAGUUUAAUUACCGAUUUUAACGCUGAAACAGUGCUUAUUUUCCUCAAAUAUACCUCUUGAAUUAUUGAUUAACACAGCUCCACCACUACAAACAGCGUCUACCACCAGAAUUUCACGGGAAAAUGCUUUAAAGACUGAUGAUAGUUUGGCCACGAUGUGGCGUAGUAGUCUAUGAGACGACUUUGCAUGCAGGUGGACGGGAUUCAACUGUCCUCCAAGGCAUUUUUUCUUUCAUUUUUUCCCCUUUUUGGUCGCUUUGUUUUUACUUUUUCAACUAUAUCUUUUACCUAUUGGCAUGUUUUCCUUAAUUCAUGCGUACUGCUGACCCUUUACGGCUUCGCGAGGUGUUGUGAUAAACGUAUUUCUAGUUUAACUCUAAAAAGGACAAAUUCAUUAAGGGUUGAGAGACUCCAAAGAGGUAUAAAUUAAAAAAUUUGCUCCAACUCCUUACAAAGCAAUCACUCACGAAACAAAAGCCUAAUAAACUGUAGAAAAUGUGUUGUAGGUUGUUUACCAUUCCCUGAUGAGCAAACCAGUCGCUCCACGGUUUAGGCAAAUGGUACGCAAAAUUCAGGACUGGUAAAUUUCGCCCCGGAAUCGUGUUUACCAUUUGUACGAAUCAGUUCCAUUUAUAGGAAAACGACUGCGAAGGCCUGAAACUGGUGUCGAAGGUGGCUUUGAAGAAAUGGAACACGAAUUUCUGUCUGAUAUAUUCCCUCCGAGAACACAGGACUACCUUUUCAGAUGUUUCGUUGCUCCCGGAAAUUGUCCGCUGGAACGAACCAAAAAGCCGUGCUGCAUUUACUUUUCAACAGAAAUUUCCGGAAUCUUUUUGUAAAUGGCAAGCAACCAUAAUGUACUUUCCAGGGUGAGUAGAUAAUUUGUUAACGAAGAAAAUUUUAAGGGGGACGUAUUUGACCAUUUUUUUCAGACGCUACCUUUAAAAGUCACUGAAAUUUUGCGGUGAGAUUUCUACAACACUGUAAUCAUAAAUUGUCUUUUCAAUUUUUUCUAACAGUAAAACUAUCAUGAACUUCACGCUAAGUAAUAUAAUAGGCAGCACAUUAGAUCCAAGGCCCCAGGUCAUCCUUCAGAAAAACGUGUCAGUUAUAUUACGUUACGAUGAGGUAUGUUCUUUAGCUAGUAAGUGUGAUUAAAAUCUGUCUACUCAUAAAAAAAUGAGCAUGCUAACUUCUCUAGCCGAGAAGUGAUUGAUUGAUAACUGCUUGUACUGUUUUAGGAUAUUCUUGUUUUCUUUUUUUCUUCUUAAUCUGGAGCACUUCAAAGAAGAAAAUCAAAGAAAACUCAGUUAGUGGCUUAAAACUUGCGGAACUUCACCACGAUGUAAUCUGCGAGCUGGCUAUUAGUUUUCUUCUGAGUCAGAGUAGUUCGAGAGCAUACGUUAGGAGCGAGCAACGAAGCCGCGAAAAACAAGGGCAGUCCUUUUUACCAUUAAUUUGCAUAAUUUCAAUUUUCGCUAGCCGCGCGUGGCAAUGAGGUAAGAACCUGACGACCGCUCACGGUCUAGCCACGAUGUAACCCCUUAAUAAGGCGUUGUAAAAUUAUGCACUUUCUUUCUUUCGUGUUUCGUUUGUCGCUUUUACUUAGUACCAGGUAUAAAAAUAUCUACGACGCCGACGAGUCAUUCACCUUUCUUUGGUUUUUGUUAGUUUUAUUCUAUCUGAAACUUUAAAUGUCUUUUUUAAGGGACUAGAGGCACAUUGUGUCUUCUGGGAUUUUGCUGCCAAGUAAGUGUGACAGAAUUUUUCAAUACGCACCUGAAAGGACUUAACAGCAUCAGGGGUUAUUAGUAUGAGUUGAUUUAUAGUUAUUUUAGAUAAUAAUUGGACAAUUCUAUAGAGAAAAUAUCUUGCUACCGACUUUAAUGCCGUUUAAGGGUUGAUAUACUGCUGCCCUUUGAUUGGCCUUUACCUUUAAGCAGUCAUACUCCGGAACUAUAUUUCAGAUCACGUUUCAACGGUUCUUGGUCAAGCAAAGGAUGUUCAAUGGUCAAUAGAACCAAAACGAAAAUCACAUGCACUUGUAACCACCUCACAAACUUUGCUGUUCUUAUGCACGUUGGAGCAGACAAUGAGGUUAGUUGGAGCAGCUUUUUGGCUUGUUUUCCCCAUGUCCCAAUACAAUAACAACCCGCGAGUAGGAACCGAGAUUUUAAGAACCGUUUAGGCUAGAAUCUGCUAGUUAGGGCAUCUCUACACAAGCACCUGUUUAGCCUAAAAUGUGAAACAGGUUCUAUGAAAAAUUCUCUCAAUUUCCAUACAUUACUUUAUUGUUGUUGUGUUUCCAUGUUUGAUAUACCGCAGGGUAUAUCGCUCCAGCGUUGGAUCAGACGUUAGUACCUGCGAUUUAUAGCUAUACUCUCUCUGACUAGCUAAUAUCGCAGAUUUCCAGAGAGGUAGAUGUGAAAAUAUAGAUAUCUUCCAUAAAUUUCAAAAAUUUCAAUCUUUAGUUGUUAUUUGAGCUACAAACUGUUAUUUAAAUGAUAUUAUUAUUCAUUCAAAAUAUUUCCACAAGCAAAAUUCACCAUAAUCAUUCACUGAUGACCAAAUUUAGAAGAAUUUUAUGUUUAACGAGGAAAUGACGUCAAAAAUGCAGCCUUCUACAAGUUAAUGCACCGUUAACCGAGAAGACCUGGGGACGAGAUUGCGUUGUUUUCGUUGUAAAAACUAAAAUAGCGGACACUUCACUCGUUUCAAGAGUAAGCACUACAGCUGGAUUAGCCGAAAUAAUGGCUAAAAACAUAGCAAAAACAGCAAGAAGCUGAGACAACUUGGAGGGCGACAUCUGCUAUUUGGAGAAUAUUUGCGGAGCUGGACAAACCUAAACGUAAACUAUCGAAGAUGAACUUAGCAUCGAUGCAGGUAAGCUUGUUUUAGCUAUGUUUUUAAACUAGGAAUUAUUUUUAAUGAAUAAUAAAACAAUUAUUGAAUUCGGCUUUCGUAUCAUAUGAAGAAUUAUGGAGAUCUCGGAGGGUGUUAUCAAACACCCUUCUCGAUCUCCAUAAUUCUUCCUAAGAUACUGAGCCUCAUUCAUUGUUGAUUAUUGUAUAGGAGUUCAAUUAACUGUUGGUACUAAGACAAGGCAUUACAAUACAUGUAAAAUUACAUUUAAAAUUCAUGUUGUCACUGCUUCAGUUUUUCUUCUUAAAUUGAUUUUUACAUAAAUUUUAAUUUGAUAUUCAGAUUUGAUAUAAAGAAUAAACUGAAUACCUCUAAAUAUUCAAUGUAUUUUUUCUUCGGAAAAUAAGAACUUAUUUAAGAACCUCAAAUAGCCUAAAUUUGUGCUAAUUAUACCAUUUAUGUAAGAACCUGUUUGGGCUAAAUUGGGAAAAUACUAACAGGUUCUUACUCGUGGGUUUUUACUGUACUAUGAAUGUUAAAAAAAAGGAGAAAAGGAGAGCAUCUAUAAUCGUGGCGCCAUGAACCCUUUUUCACAUUGUCAUUUAUAGUUUUAGUGACUCGAGUAAUAAGAAGGCCAUUCCUGUUUUCGCCAUUGAGAGUACUUCUUUGCUAAAUAAUAAGGGGCCCUGACUCUUUCCAAUAUUUGUCUUGAUUGAUUUGGCGUAUUUGCAAACAGUUUUUAAACUAUCUUUCCAACAGGUUCCAGCAGAUCAUAACGUGGCACUGAAAGUCAUUACUUACGUUGGGUGUGCUCUAUCGCUUAUCGGAGAAGCACUCACCGCUGUUGCAUAUUGCGUCCUCAUGUGAGUUACAAAUGAUAUACCGUUAUAAAAGAGCUCAGACAUUUAGAUUUGGUUUUGUGAUACCCGGAACGAUCAAGGUCGAGGUAAGCGUUUUUAUCUUGGUUUCAAAUGCACCAAGUAUAACCUGGGGAAGAGUGAAACCAAGAUUGUCGCCUGCAACAUGCAAACAGUAAAACGCUUGAACAGACUAGACGUUCAACAGAAAAACCUGGGGCUGUAAAAAAUUUAUCUUCCAACGAGCCACAAGGGAGAGGGACGGGGAGUCAGCCGGCCUCUUCAAAACCCCUCGUAGCGCAAUUAGGCUCUGGAUUAGAUUGUCAGACGUUCAUUUAUGAUUUUUAAAUCAAGAAAGUAGAAGCACCUUAAGAUGGGAUUUUCCCGCUUCGAAAAAAAUAACAUUUCAGAGGGAUUCAAUUAUUUUUUGCCUCGCUCAGGGAUUUGAAAGAAGACCAAACUCAAAUCCACUUUAACCUUGUGGUCGCCAUAGCGAUAGCACAAAUUACGUUUCUUGCUGGAAUUGAUGCCACAGAAGUUAAGGUAAGUUAAGGAAGUUAAGCUUAAUCUGAAAGAUAACGAAAUAAUGAGCAUUUUGUUGGCCUGAAUGAUAAAUUGAUCGCUAAAACAUUUAAAAAGAAAAAUCACAAAUGAAAGACUUUUGGAUAUAAAAGAGUUGAGUUUUGAAUAACUUAAUAUCAUUAGAUGGCUUUCCCAUGAGCUCGAUUUUACGCAAAUGUGCUAAAAAAAUGUGGCUCAGUGGUCGAGUGCUCUUUAGUUCUUCUUUAGUAUCUUUGGUUUAUUUUUUACUUUUAAUCAUUUAUUUUUUGUGUUGGGAGGUUGGUAAAAAGCGUGCUGUUAUGGACAAUGUGAUGACGGUGAAUCCCGUUUCUUUAUAGGAACUGUGUGUGUUUGUAGCAGCCAUGAUUCAUUACUUCUAUCUGGUGGGAUUUGCUUGGAUGUUAUUUGAGGGUGUUUACCUGUAUCUGAUGGUUGUCAAAGUGUUCAAUACGGUCAUCAGAUGGCGCUUGUUCUAUGGAGUGGCUUGGGGUAAGUAUUAAAGCAAAAGCCUACCGACAGAAAAUGGCCCGUUGGUAGAUCUAGUCAAGAGGUCUUGACUUGUAAGUCCCUUCCGGGAUCAAAAGCAUUUCGUUAAUUGACCACUCCAAAAUUACCAUAACAUACCAUAAUGCUCUAUAUUUGUCACCCCAAAAUUUUGCAUAAAAAUUGUUUUCAGUUUCUCUUAGGGCCAUUUUAACUCCCAAGAGAAACUGAAGACAAUGCUUAUGCAAAAUUUUGGGGCGACGAACAAAAAGAGCAUUAUGGUAUGUUAUGGUCUUUUCUGGAGUGGUCAAUUGAUUCCUGGUUUAUCUAGUUACUUUCCUUACGUACUUACAAGGACUUGCAAUUGAGACUUGCUAUUCAGAGGAAUUUGUACACUCACUUCUCAACACCACAGUUUUCAUAAGAGUGUACACUGACGUAUCUGACGCAACCCAACUGAGCCUAACUUUUCAUUUUUCUCUUUUUCGUUUUCAAUCAAACCUUAGGCGUCUCCCUUUUGAUUGUGGUUUUAUCGAUCGUGAUUGCUUCCAUUCAAGAUGGUGGGAUAGAAAGCUAUGUUCAUGAUCAUUUGUAAGUAAACAAACCAGAUCUUAAUACUACCGAACAAAACGGAGCAAGAAAAACUUGGAGGUUUCAAGAAUCUGUUUAUUUUUUUAUGACCAUUUUUUAUUUAUUUAUUUAUUUAUUUAUUGCAAAGUUACUUAUGAAAUUUGCCCAAACUGUCUUUUUCAGAGGAAUUAUUAUGAGCACGUUCACGUUACAGGCCUAAAAAAUUGGUUUUCAAACAACUGAAAAUGUUUAAAUAAGUCUUCGUAGACUUUUUCGUCAACAUUUCCAAUUUUAACCGUCAAGUUUUAUCAAUAAUCCUUUCUUAGUAACACCUUGAUUUUCUUUAUUUUUUUCAGUUGCUGGGUUUCCUUCAAAAAUAACCUUAUCUGGACGUUUGUUGCGCCUGUUCUCUUAGUUUGCACGGUAAGGGUAAGAAAGUGGAAAUGUCCCAUAAGUGAAUAAGUUUGUUAAGAGAACAAUUUAAAAAAUAAUUGCUUACAGAAUAUUGAGGGUCACCUGUAACUGAUUAAAAAUUGAUAUAAUCAUCAAAUAUUUGCCAUGAAAAUGUAAGACGUGAAACUGAAAUUAAUAACGAUUCAUGUAGAAAAAAGAAAACCAGAAUAUUUAGCUUCCUUUCAUAUCAUAUCUUGGUGGAUUACAGUAAGCCCAUAAAUGGACUGAUAGCGGCUACCAGUGCCGCCCUUGCAUGCUGACGUCAGAGCUUACUGUUAACAUGUAAAUAUAUACUGUAAAGAGGACACGUUUAUUGUCCUCUUAUCCACGGCAUUUCAUUUAUUCAUUCAUUUGCGGGUAAUAAACACAUCUGGGAUAGAGCGCUGCGGUGAAGGGGAGGCUGUGACGUCAUACUUAGCGUGCUAUGCUUGAGAUGUUUCAUACGUCCGAGCUUUGAUCGAUUAUUUAUCGAUUAUAUUUUAUGUUUUCAUUUAUAUAUAUAUAUAUAUAAUAUAUAUAUAUAUAUUUAUUCAUUUAUUUGUUUAUUUAUUUAUUCAUUGUAGUCAUAUUUUCAAGACCUGAGAGAAAGAAAGAAACAGGGUCCAAGGUUUCUGCCAUUAAAAGAUAUCUUAUUCUCAUGCAUUGUUUCCACGCAGAUAAACUCAGUUUUACUUGCCCGAGUGGUUCAUGAGAUCCUAAGAAUGCAAGCCGACAAAACACCUCAUCUGGAAAGAGUUCGACAAGGAGUUAAAGCAUGCGUAGUUUUGUUUCCUCUUCUGGGACUGACCUGGGUGUUUGGUGUCCUAAGUGUCACAGAUGCUGGACUCGUAUUUCAGUACAUCUUUACCAUCUUCAACUCUUUGCAGGUAUAGUACUAGAAAAUCCAACAUGUUAACUUUUUGAGUAGUUUGAGGAAACAGUCCACAACAUAGCAUUGUUAAACGUAUUUAGUAUUUAGACGGUAGAUAUAGGCAUAUUUUUAUCCCCUAAAAAUUUUUCAUCUGUUCGGCUUUCCUAGCUGAAAGUCUAGUGAUCCGAAAAUUAUAGGGAUCAAAACUUACCUUUUCAAAAAUUUCAGCAAGAAAAAAGGCUCCCGAAAAUUUUAGGUGACCUUUUUAGGGUUAAAAUCCGUUAAAAAUGGGCAAUUAUACCAUUUUUUAGAUGUUUGAAAAUCCUAGGAGAGGCAGUCAAGCAAGAAAUUUUACAAAAAAUGUUCCGAAAAUUCUAGAUCUCAAAUCGUCUUCCGAACAGAUAUUUUUUGAAAAUUGACGCUGGGUGCCCUGAUUUCGCGACGCCACCACUGGUUUCCCCAAGAAAUGACGUUUGGCGAAGAACAUCCAUACUGAUGACGUGUCAGAAACCCAGAUCUGGGAAGUGCUUCUAAUUGGAUGAAGCAGAUUUUAACCAAUCAGAAGCACUACCCAGAUCCGGGUAGUGACGAGUGAUCAGUAUGGAAUUUCUCCGCUAGUUUCUCCAACGUCAUUACGCGGGGAAACCAGUGGUGGUGUCGCACAAUGUCCGAUGUUUUCUAAGGCUAACUGACAGCGAGCAAAUAUUAUUUUAUCAAAUCUUAGCUUGGUGGCUAAAAAAGCCGUUUUAAUUCACUCAUUCGUUCAUUUAUUUAUUUAUAUAUUUUGCCACACAAGCAUUCGAAGUUUACUCCAGACUUUGACAGUAGUGUCAAGGAAUGUAGCGAUCGAGAAAAUUAACAUGACAGAACAUAGAAUAGUAGAGAUGGUGGGCGGUACCUGAUACCAUGUACUGCGAUUAACCAUUGACUAUAAAUUUUGCCUUCAUUUCUUCUUUUCUCUCACCCUUAUGAAGGAACUUAACUUUCUUUUUAUUUAUCGAUACACACAUUUUUAGGGUUUGUUCAUCUUCAUACUUCACGUUUUGAGAAACAGCGACGUACGUGCAGCAUACUCCAGAAAAAUGCAGAAGAGGAAUGCGGCAAAAAGCGUGAAAAACUCUCAAGAAAACCGCAAUACAAUCGGAUUGUGGUCAAACAAAGUGACGAAUGAACCAAGUUGUACAAAAGAACCUAGCAGUGCCUCUCUAAGAUCAACGGUUGGAGUAAAAAGCAAGAUUGACAAUGCCCUGCACGAGGAAAGAACCAUGACUCCUGUUGACACGUGA